CCUCGUGAGUCGUGAGCGUCAGUUAACCGAAGUCGGUAACGUUCGUAGGGCACUGAGACUGUGAGUUACUAUGCUUUUAUUUCACGCGUCGUUUUGUUAGUUUCGUUACUGCUUUUGCCUUAAAAAUUUCACCACUUACAACUAGAUUAUCCAGUUCAGAAAGACGAUAUAAUUUUACUUUACGUAUUGUUAAUGUUUGAUAUUGGAAGUGAAUCCCCGAGAUUGUCCAGCGUGUGCUUAUCGCAUGGGUGUUGAGAUUUCCCCAGCGCACUAUCCCCAACUAGACAUCAAGAGUGUUACAACUCCCGUCACCAAUGUAGCAGUCAGUAUGUACGAUUCUCAGGCCCACGGCGCCAAACGGAAAUUUGGCGAAGAUUCAGAAAUGGAACCACUGGAUUCCAAACAAUCCUACUCCAGCCAACGGAAGUUGGUGCUUAAUAUGAGCAUUUGUAAAUUGAAUAGACUGCCCAUGAGACAGACACUAAGUCUCAGACGUUCUGUUCUUAUUUACAAUACUAUGCGUAUUAUCCAAAGAGAAUGUGAACAGGAAGGAGUAAAAAUGAAUUACGGUUCUAAUGGCCAUAUCAUGCGUUCCCCUCAUAGCCUCCAGAUCAUGACCCUUGAUCCGCCUCCUGAUCAUACACUUGUCAAACCAGAUGGAAUCCCACAAAAAUCUUAUAUUCCUCUUUAUGAUAACUCAAAAUCCUCUUCCUCUCCAUCAACGACAGACAUCGACAGAAUGAGAAUGGAUAUUGAAGACUGCAACUUAGCGAGGUCUUCAGAAAUGGAAGAUAUACGUUGCAGUUACUUAAACAAUGUUUUGGCAACAGUGGAAAACAAUCUUAGUCAGAGUUCCCAGUCUGCAAAGACUUCAGCUGAAGGAAGUGAUGUACGCAACGACAGCCAACCUGAUGAUGAUAACGAAAGGUACAUAAUGGACCUUGACGCUUCCUCUGCUAAACUGACCCCUUUAAUCAAGACGCUAUGCGAUUGUCUCGAUUCUGGUGCCUUAUGGAACGAAGAAGGAGAUAGACUAACCAUUCUAAACUGGAGUUCAGUUCUAAAUUUUAGUUCCUCGAUAAACAAUAAUGCUGAAACAACUGCCAUUGAUGGAAAUUUUACCAUUGACUACCAUUGUAACUCUCCUUGCAUUGGAAGUUCGAAUUCAGCAGUUAGUCUUGGGACAUCAAUAGAAUCCUCCCAACUUCAAACACUCACGCCAGUUACCAGCAGUCCAUUGAUGACCGUCAUGACAUCAUUGUCUUCUGUAGUUACGCCUGAAGAUAAAGUUAACACAAGCCCAACUUCAAGUCCUUCAAUUAGCUCAUUAUCCCCUGUAACCAUUGGCAGUUCCAGUGGUUUAAGCUCAGGGGAAGAAAUUUUUGGAGAUAUUGAUCUGUCGCUGUACGACUUUGAUGUAUAUUCACCACUGUCUUCACCCAACGUGAAACUAGCUCCAGUAAGCGCCGAAGACCUCUUGAGGUUUUUGGUAGAUAGUGGUCAUUCACCAUACCAGGUCACUACUGUGGUCUCGUGAUUCGAACAUGCUUGAAAAUGGAUUUUAACUUAUUUUCGAAACUUUUAAUUUCCACAGAUUAUUUUAACUUGUAAAUAUAUAUUUUUUAUGUAUAUUCUUAAAUAUUGUUUUUAGUUGUGUCCACAGCAGUCAACAUCAAAUGGCAAGACCUCUCAAUCUAAGUGUGAGAGCCAUUUUGUACAAACUAUAACGUUUGACUUAGUCAAUCCUAAUUACAGUCUGAUGUCGCAUUAACCUCAUCUGAUGGUAGUCAAACUUUAUAAUACUGAACUCCUGGUAUAACCUUGGAGUAGUAUGUGAAAUAAGGGACCACAUAACUGCUCUAAAACAUAAUAGUUUGGAUACAGACGUACAUCUCUUGCCAGUUGUCUUUUAAAGCCAUUUUGGCUGUCUAAUCUACUGCUACUCUGAUAAUUCAAAAUUAAUUCAGUUAGCACAAACUUACGUUAAAACAACACGAUUUGUAUUCUGUGGAACACAAGCCUGGUUUUGAAUGUUUACAACAUAAAUUAAAGUUACAAACAACAGUCAUUGUGGUUUAACACAAGUGUUAGACCAUGUACAAUAUUUGUGUAGAAUUUUAUAUAUCUACAUCCAGUGACUUCAUAAUAUAAUAAUGAAUUUAAAUAAACAAUUUUGUAUCGAAAACCGCACGUCAUUUGCGUUGUUAGAAACACGCUAAAUGUGUGCGCUAAUAUCGUUACAACACGCAUCAGUGGUGUUAUAGAUCACAAGUUUAUGUUUGGUGAACACAGUUUGUCUUAACUUAUAAGAACGUUUUCCAUAUUGUAAUUACAUUUGAUAAUACUAGCGUAGUGAGGGGGGGGGGGGGCAUUUGCCUCCGAGCGCCAGGUUCGAGGGCGUCAAAUUAACAACCAGUUUACCCCAGAAUUUAGCUGUUCCCACAAGACUAGAGCUCAUUGUAUUUCAAAGACCAGAUAAUCAUGACAAUAUGGUGAGAUCAGUAGCAUGGUAGAUAAAGUAAGAGUGUAAAGGGCGGGGGUGCCAAAUUAUGUACUGCCCCCAGUCGCCAGCCACCCUCACUACAUGCCACUGUAUUUCUAAUUAUUUAAUAUUAAAAUUAACUUCCCAGAAUUUUAAAAAUAGUAACAAAGUUAUUGAAGUUUGUGGUACCAGUAAAUGUGCCAAAUGAAUAAGGAAUUACCUGUAAGAGUUGAACAAAGUGCUAGUGUGUAAUGGGAACAUUCGAAUGCGGUGUUGGUUUAAUGAGCAUUAAAUAAGGGAUGAAAGACGCAUAACCUAAUUUUCAGUCAUAUUAUAGUAAAAUCUGUGAAGUGCGUCUACAUAUAUUUUUUUUACUGAAAGGUGUUACCCAUGGUUCACUAUCAACGAGCUCUUAAUUGAAAGUACGAGCUUCGUUAACGCGACUACUCGAAGCGUCCGAGAACUAAAGUAUAUCGCGUUAAGUUUGCACCUUGUGGACAAGAGAAUCGCAGUAUUAAACUUCUCUUGCGAGUAUCCUGAAACUUCAAAACUCGCCAAACCUAACGUGUUCAUACGUGCGAGUAAAGGGGAGUUUGUAUGUGAAUAUAACUGAUAAAAUUUCAGAAGUUUUCAAUAAGAAAAAAAAAGUAUAUAUUUUAACCAAUAGUAUUCCGUAGUAUAUUUAUAAUUGUAAAUACAUGUUAAAUUUUCACAUACGGUACAAAGUGUCGCUGCUUUACAGAUUGUUGAUACUAUGCUCAAGUUCAUCCGGUUAAUUCUGAGCAUACUGUUGUGGAAUUAUAUUCUCUACAAGUAAUUGUUUUAUUACACUUUUUUACAUCUUGUUGAUCACGAAUCUGUCCAGUUCAAAAAUAUUCUAUACCGUCGGGAAGUGUCGCAUAUUUUCCCAACUAUCCACGAGUUUUUGUUUUGUGUUUAGUAGUUAAUGUACAUCUGACAAUAGUUUACCAUUCAAAAUAACUUCAAGACGAAGACUUGUGUAAUUUGCUAUCGUGAAUUCGAAAAAUUAAACCUUUUGUCAGGUCUCAGUUUACUACUACUGCCUAUAUUUGAAGACAUUAAGAAGGUUAUAUAGACAAAGACACAUGUUUACGUAUAUUUGCAGGAGGUUUCUUACGAUGUUUCAUCAUGACAGCUAGGCUACGAUUUUAAUAGGAAUAAUUAUCACAAAAGCAUGCUCAUAGCCUCCGUUUCACACCGAUAUUGUAGUAAAAUAAAAUCGUGUUCCGAAAUGUAUGUAACGUUCUCUCCCUUUCUUUGUACAUAUACAAGUUUGUGUAUAUAAGACAGUUUAAGAAUUAAACACUUUUGUGAUUUGAACAUAAUAUGAAAGUGAUUUUGUAGUAAUUUCAUAAGAAAAAAACAGAAAGAUGAAGGACACCCUUAUUGUGUAAAAAGAGGGGAAUCGACGGAUCACUUAACUAUAUGUUAAUUUAAAACUUUUGCGUUGAACAGUGAAAUCAUUAGUUUUUUUUUUUAGAAAUGAAAUACACUACACUAUUAAAAUAAACAGCCUUAUGAACCAGAUUAUAAAUAUAGUGUGUAUCCUACCCAUAUAAGACAAUCUAUUAUAACCCUAAUUAUUUUUAAUGGAGUAGUAAAAUCAUACCGUAAGGUCAGUUGUGUCAGAAAUACUUGUAGCUCCUUUGUAGAAAUUCAUUUUGUUUAUAAUGUUAUUUGUUUGUAAAUAACUACGUAUACAUGUUAUUUAUAUGUUUAAGAAAAUAUAUCUGUACGUGUGUGUACAUGAGAAGCAGUUUGUCAUUUUAUUCUUACAAUCUUUGUAUAUGAUUGCUGUUCUAAAGGUUUUUAUAAUUAUA